AUGGACAACAUCGACGAGGAAAAUGGCCGGUUAGUUGAAGACCUUCAUGAGUGCACGAGGAAGGCUGAGAGCUUUGAAACCAACAAAAGAUACCUGCCUCUUGAAAUUCUUGAGCUGAUACGCCAGCGUGGAGCAGCACGAGCCGCAAGGAACCAAGAACUCACGUUCGAGCUCGCGAAGUUUUGCAGAGAAGUGAUAAAGGAAGACCUCAAAGAGAGAAAAGCAGAAGUGCAGGCUGAUGCUGCAAAGGCGGAAAGAGCAUUCGCUACGCCCGUCGAGAAUUCGUCAAUCGAAAGACGAGAAUGA